AUGUUAAGAGAGGAACAGCCAUUUGGUACGCCGGUACUGCGUGUGAUUGCAAUUGAUCUAAACCCCCGGCAAACGAUCGAGUACAGCCUCGUCACAACGCCCGGUGAACAGGCACGCUUCCGGAUCGAUAAGAGCACGGGCGACAUCACGACCGCUCACAUCUUCGAUCGAGAUGAGCCGAUCCGAGAGAAAGAGAUCUAUAUCACGGUUCGUGCGACCGAUAAUGGACGACCUCGGUUGGACGAUGUGUGCACUUUCAAGGUGACAAUUCUCGACAUUAACGAUAAUCCGCCCGUGUUCGAUAAAGUGCGCUACGAAGAGUCGGUGACGAAAGACAUGAAGGCGAACCUGCGCGUUGCUACCAUCUCGGCGACGGAUAUGGACGACGGUGAUAACAGUAUCAUCAAGUACGAAAUCGUGCAGCAGAACCCUGACAGUAGCUACUUCAAGAUUAACGAGAACAAUGGCCUCCUUACGCUUACGAAACCGGUCGAUCGUAGCCCUGGGCAGUACUAUUCCAUCCGUGUGCGAGCGUACAAUGUCGAUCCACAGGGUGAAGCCGUGCAGGAUGCGGAGGUGGAUGUUAAGGUACGCGUCGUGGAGUCCAACAAGCUGCCCCCAUACUUCACCAGGGUGCAAGCGGCUGCACUGGUGUUGAACGAGACAUUCAAAAACUACACCGAAUCGUUGGCAGAGUUCGAAGCAGAGUCUAACAUUCCCGAGAAACCGGAAGUAAUCUUCGAACUGAUCCAAGGACGUGCUGAGCAGACGAACUCGAAAAAUACAUUCCUGCUGGAGCAGAUCAACAACACUGCUUCGAUCAAGCUGGGAAAGACACUCGAUUAUGAGACUGUAACGGAGUACACGCUGACAGUGAGCGUCAAAAACUCGUACAAUAAUGUGGUGGAAACCGUGCUGAAGAUUAAGGUACUGGACGAGAACGACAUCAUUCCAGUGUUUACGGAAGUGACAUCCGGUACGAUACCCGAAAAUGAGCCACCCGGCACUCCCGUGAUGCAGGUACGAGCAUACGAUCUGGACGGCACACCGGCCAACAACAUCGUGUCAUAUCGAAUCGAAGACGAAAACCAGCAAUUAUUCCACAUUGACAGUCGAACGGGAAGCAUCACGUCGCGGGUGGAGUUCGAUCGAGAAGCAACCGAUUCUUAUCACUUGAAAAUCAUCGCAGAAGACAACUCUCCGUCGGCGCUGUAUAGCAACGGCAAACCAAAUAGUUGUUCUCAGCUGUUCACCAUUAAAAUAUCGGACAAAAACGAUCAUAAACCGAGGUUCGCGAAAGGUCUCCUGGCCACAGAGGACGUAUCAGAGGACUCGGACAUCAAUAUGACUCUGAUUGAAGUGAAGGCACUGGAUCAAGACACGGCCUCUCUCAUAACGUAUAGCAUCAUCGAGGGGAAUGUGGGUGAUGCAUUCAAGAUUGAUGAACAUACUGGUCGUAUCUCGAUCAACAACUGGCUGGAUUACGAGACUAUUCGUGACUACAAGCUGAUCGUUCAGGCUGAUGAUGGGAUCUUCCAGGACAGCACGACAGUAUACAUCAAAAUCAAAAAUGUCAACGAUAACCCACCGCGCUUCACAGGUAUUCGUAAUGUAACGAUACAAGAAGAAACGAUACCUUCCGGGUGUAUAAUGACCGUUCAGGCGUAUGAUCCGGACAUCGAGAAUCGAACCGAUCCGCAGCUCAUUCGAUUCUUUUACGUUGUGGAAUACGAUGAUGUUAUAGAGAUCGACGAUGGUGGAUGCUUACGGCUCAAGAGAGUGCUCGAUCGUGAUCCUCCGCUAGGCUUCAACCGCUGGCAGUUUAUCAUCACCGCGACGGAUGAAGAUGGUGCGGGCAAAUCAACGCCAUCCACUGUGAUCAUAUAUUUGGAAGAUAUCAACGACAAUGCACCUCGGCUAUCGAAUGCAAUGCCUGUCGUUUGGGGCGAAAACAGGCCGCCAGGUUUAAUCGUAAGACUGACGGCAGAGGACGUAGACGAUGCUCAGAACGGUCCACCGUUCCAUUUCAGUAUAGAUUCGAAUGCUCCGGAUGAGAUCAAGGAACGGUUCCAAGUCCAAAACGACGAGCUGUACGCGUUGGUUGAGUUCGAUCGAGAGGAGCAAAAGGAGUACCGAGUUCCAAUCCGCAUUAGCGACUCUGGCGAAGAACCCAUGAGUGACGUCAGUAUCCUGCAGCUGGUGAUUGGAGAUGACAACGACAACGAGAUGAGACCAGGCGAAAGUCGCAUCUUCGUGUACAACUACAAAGGAGAAUCACCCAACACGGAAGUAGGACGCGUGUACGUUGACGAUCCGGACGACUGGGAUCUUCCAGAUAAGACGUUCAUGUGGGAUGAUGCUACCCGUCAUCAGUCGGUGGACUUUUUCGACCUAAACAGGGACACUGGUAUGAUCACCAUGCUUCAAGGUACACGUGGGGGAAAUUAUGAGCUGAACUUCCACGUGAUUGAACAGUCGAGUCAUUUCCCGCGGCAUAAUGUCACAGCCAAAGUGACGGUAACGGUGAAAGAGAUCCCAGAGGAGGCAGUGGAUAAGAGUGGAUCGAUCCGUUUCCAUAAUGUAACUGCGGAAGAGUUCGUAUCGCGUACACCUGGUCAGCUCACAACGCCCAAAGAUCGACUGCAGGCGAGCAUUGCAAACACGCUCAACGUUAGUCGAGAGAACGUGGAUGUGUUCACCGUGUUGAAGCGCGACAAUGUCAACGGAACCUUCCUGGACGUUCGAUUCUCGGCCCAUGGCAGUCCUUAUUACGCACCUGAACGUCUCAACGGAAUGAUGGGCUAUCGGCUCCGUCAGUUGGAAGAGGACGUAGGCUUUUCGGUGCUGAUGGUGGGCAUUGACGAGUGUAUCGAAGAAGGUCGCAACUGUGAGCUAUCGUGCAAGAAUACGCUCUACAAGUCGAACGUCCCUAUCGCGGUAUACACCAACACCAGCUCGUUUGUGGGUGUGAAUGCCUUCGUACAGGCAGAGUGUGUGUGUGAGGCUCCUUCACCGUCGUUCACAUGUCUGAAUAGAGGUUUCUUGGUGAACGAUCGCUGCUCCUGUCCCGAGGGCUUUGAAGGUCCUCAUUGUGAGAUGCUUGGCAUCGGGUUCUAUGGCAGUGGAUAUGCGCUUUAUCCUCCGAUCAGUCCUUGCAACAUGACGCGAAUAAGUGUAGAACUAUCACCGCAGCAGGAAGAUGGCUUGGUGAUGUACAUCGGUCCACUCAACUAUAAUCCUCGCCUGCCUGUGCAGGACUUCUUGGCAUUGGAGCUCGUGAAGGGACUCCCUGUGUUGCUGCUCGACUACGGCAGUGGUACCAUUCGUAUCGAACAUCGGCAUCGAUUCCCCCAGGGUAAGCCAUUCACCGUAGAGAUCGUGCUGCAACCGCAGACAAUCGAGAUGAUCGUCGACAACUGCAAGCUGUCCACGUGCAUGAGUCUGGAUGCGCCAAAGGGACCAAAUCGGUUCCUAAACGUGAAUGCUCCACUGCAACUCGGAGGAGCUGCGGUUAAUCUAGACUACCUCGGAUCGCUGUUCAACUGGACGUACGUGCCACAGAACAAAGGUUUCAGUGGCUGCCUGCGCAAUCUCACCAUCAACGAGCGCACGUACGAUCUCAGAGCACCAAUCGUAGCAAAAUAUAGUUCACGAACUGCUGCCAUGACAUUUGGUAUUUACUAUAUACUUCUGAUAGUGCUAAUCCUGAUGAGUACGUUACUUUUUCUAAUAACACUACACUUUCACAAGAAGUACAAGAAACAGAAAAAGGUGAAGAACACUUACCACACGUAUGCCACGAUUGAUGAAAACAAACCCAGUGAGCAUUACUCAUCUUUGGAACUGUUACAAUUGCCUCAUAUCUACCAGGACGUUGUGUACACUGUGGAAACGUUACAAAUUGAAUCUUCCACCGAUAACAACAGACUUGCGUUGAACAAACACAUUUACGAGACAAUCGAUGAAGAAGAUGAAAGUGAUAGCGCGUCAUAUCAUCCUUCGCGCGUUCAUCGGCAAUUCUCGACCAGUCUUCCGCUGAUUACUUCGCAAGGAAACCUGCAACAGGAUGCAAAGAAGCUAAAUCAUUACAGCAAUGUACCUUUGUCUGUGGAUGAUUUGCGAUGUGCUGGUGACGGUAGGAGCAUCAGUUCUGUAUCAAGUAGCUCGGAAAGUUCGAACCGUUCGAUAUUAAACAACAACUCUACUAUCUGUAAUGUAGCAUAUUUCGAUGGAUGGAUAUAA